AUGAAUCGUAAAUCAAUGAUUGUAAUUAUUUUUUUACUUACUUUUGCAAUGAAAGUUUGGGGAAUUACAAAACUCGAAUAUUCCUGUAAUGUGUUGAAUGGUAUUGAUAAUACAAUGCGUAAAAUUCGUAGUUUUCGUUGUAAUGAAGCAAAUUAUCAAGAUGAAUAUCGAUGCAAACUACAUUGUAGAAGUCACGGAUAUAAAACUGGUGAUUGUUGGAAAUCUCCUAAUUAUAAAUUUUGUGUUUGUCACUUUAUUAGACAUUUUAUCUAUUGGCUUUUAUACGAUUCAUUUGGCCGUUAUGAAAAGCGAACUAAACGAAAAUUGAAAUUGAUAAAUAAUCAACGAGAUGAUGAAUACUAUGUUAUUAUAAUUGGUACUGGUUUUUCUGGUCUUGGUAUGGCUAUUAAAAUGAAUGAACUUGAAAUGGAUAAUUAUUUUUUAAUUGAACGACAUGGACAUAUUGGUGGUACAUGA